AUGGUUGGUGGCCCUACUCCCUUGCUCUGCCUUCUCCUUCUGCUGCUGGCCCCCGACAGCCCUGAGGGGACCCGUCUUCCUCAGCGAAGGUUUGAGUACAAGCUCAACUUCAAAGGACCAAGGCUGGCAUUGCCUGGGGCUGGAAUACCCUUCUGGAGCCAUCACGGAGUGGCUGGGGCCCCACAGGCUGUGUGGUACACCCAAGGCAGGGGUGCAGCCGGCUCUGCCCUGGGGGAUCUGGCCUCGAGGGACGGCAUUGGGAUCCUCUUUGACUCCUCCGUCCAGGAUACCCAGGCUCCCCUGCAGCCCUUCCUGGAGAUGGAGAAGCUCUGCCUGGUGAGACAGCUGGAAGGACUGCGGGCAAAGCUAGCCCUGGGCACCAGGGAGGACCUGAUUCCAAAGCUGAGCUCCAAAGACCAGGAAGAGGGACUCUGCCAAGGUCAGCACCCUGCUCUGUGGACAGCAGACUCUGCUCCAGCACUGCAAGAGAUGAGGGAUGCAGCUGCUUACAUGGCCUCAAGGGCCCAGGUCUUCUACCUGGAGAAAGUGGCAGCCAAGGACCCCUGUACACCUGGCCAGUGCCCAGGGGCCUUCUCAUGCCUGCAGCCCUGAAUCUUCCUGGUCUUCCUCUGCAUCCAGACUGUGGGCUUCUUCUGCUAUACGCACUUCAGUGGGCAGGCAGGACUGAGAACUCUGAGGCAACCUAGGGGGCCAUAAUUGGGAUUUCGCCCCUCCCCUCCCUUUUGGUCUCCCUCCCUUUUUGAGCGUCAAGAUUUUUUUCGCAGCUGCUGGGCAGCAGGUUGGAGAGAAGGAUGGGGUAGGGCCUAGGGCUAGAUCUUUGCCCCUCGCUGCUUCUCUAAAUUCCUAGCUGAAAUUCUGGCUAUCAGCUACUGGGGUGAGGAGGGAGUGGUGGGAGAGUAGGGAGCAGGGUUCCAGAGUGCGUAUCAGCGCAGCCCAUUCCGCUCUGGAGAGACCCCACCCCCUAAGGCCCUAAUCCGUUGUCAGCAGUGCCCGGCACAGCUUGGCGUGGAAGGAGGCACGUGGGGGAGGCGGGAGUGCGGAGCCGGCACGUGG